UCAUAGUCGUCAUUAUUUAAUUAUCAAUUGCAUUAUUUAAGCAGUUCACCAUUGAGCAGUGGCGUUAUCCAUUGUUGUUCCAGAAGUGUUUAGAAUAAACAUUAACCAAAUCGUCCAUUAAGUUGUGAAAUAAUUAAAUUUGAACAUGGAAUUUCCACAUUUGGGACAGCACUGUUAUGAAAAAACGUGCAACAGGCUCGAUUUUCUUCCCAUGAAAUGUGAUGCUUGCAAAAACUUAUUCUGCUCGGGACAUUUUAAUUACGAGCAUCACAAUUGUCCGCAUGGUAGAAAGGAUCACCAAGUGCCUGAGUGUCCGUUGUGUGGAGAACCUGUGCCCACGGCGCCUGGCGUUGAACCAGACCUAACUGUGGGGCAGCACAUUGACAAACAGUGUAAAUCGGAGUCACGGAAGAUAUUCACCAACAGAUGUUCAUACAAAUCCUGCAAACGAAAAGAACUGAUACCAGUAAAUUGUUCGCAAUGCAAAAGGAAUUUUUGCUUAAAGCACCGUCAUACAACUGAUCAUGAGUGUCAGGCAGGAAAGACCGGAUCUGGAACGGGAAAUAAAUCGGCUGUGGAAGAUACAAGGUCAAUGGCAGCGAAAGCCGCAGAAAUGAGACGUACUCAAAAACCACCAAAUACACUUUUCGAUGUCGGCCCCAAACCUACAACCGCAGCUAUUAGGGAAUCGGCAGCUCAACGUUUAACACAAAAUAUUCAAGGAAAUAUGUCUGAAGAUGAAGCCAUGGCCCGUGCCAUUGCAUUGUCUAUUAUGGAACUUGACGAAACUAAUGAUCGUAAUAGAAGAAACGAAACUGCUGCCACUCAACGGCGGAAUAACAAUGCCACAGUGCCAGUAGGAGGUCGUGAUAAUCAGGAAGGAAACCCCAAGGAUAAAUGUUCAUUAUCAUAAUAUCAAGGACAAGAUGAAUAUUAAACUAUAAGUGGUUACUUUAGACAUCCUUUUUUUUGUUUAUAGAUGUAGUUGAUUUAAGCUGUGACUUAGCAGUGCUCAAGUUGAAAAAAAAAAAACAAAUACUGUAACAUUCUGACAAACCACCACUGUUUUAUGUAGGUAUAGCGAUGAUUAGACGAUUAGACUUAAUUAUAGACUUUCUUAUGUACGUGCCAGUUCACAUGUCUAUUUUUUAUUUUGAAAUCACUUUGACUGUUUAUUGUUUAUUAAAUGUAGUUUUUAAAAAAAUUAAAUUUAUGUCUUAAAAUCAAAUAUAAGACGUGUUAUUUAUACAACAUUUUAA